GAUUCGAAAGUGGAUUUUGUGCAAUGGCCGGGUGAAAUGAGCUGUUUCCCGGGGUUUCUGGGGAGUAAGAGGCGAGAGGCGGUGUCGCUGAUUUUGGCGCGACUGGACGAAGAAAUUUGCUCCGCCAGAAGCGGACGAUAAGGAUACCGUGUGGAACAGGAUUGGCUCACAGCUUGGUCGAACAACUUGCAAUAAUUGGUGCCCCGUCUUCCUCGCCUUCACCAAUCUCUGCUUUGCAGUUCCCUCAUACAUGUGGUAUAAAUAGUUGUAUGACCACUGAUUAUUCUCCCGAGACCUGACUAUAUAUAAUUUCAGAAGAAACAAUGGAAAGCCAGGAAUUUAUUGUCCUAUAUACUCAUCAAAAGAUGAAGAAGUCAAAAGUAUGGCAAGAUGGAAUUCUGAAGAUCGCUCAUGUAGGAAACAAAGCCAUUUUAUAUGAUGACAAAGGACAGUGUUUGGAGAGUUUAUUUCUUAAGUGCCUUGAGGUGAAACCUGGAGAUGAUUUAGAAAGUGAUCGAUACUUAAUCACAGUUGAGGAGGUUAAAGUUGCUGGAAGCAUAGCUGUUAAACAAGAUAUCAUUAAAGGAGCACCUCCAUUAAAUUCAAAGAGCUUUAUACCUUCUGGCCGGUCCCUUGGGUGUCAACCUGCUGGUUUAAAAAGGAAAUUUACUGGUUUUCAAGGACCACGUCAAGUGCCAAAGAAAAUGGCUAUUACAGAAAAUAGUGAAUCAGCUGCUUCACUUGAGGCUAAGGAAGCUGGUCCUGUUUUUCUUUCUCCAGUCUACAGCACACCUCCUUUGUUUUCUACUGUUGGCAAAAAAGAUAUAAAUUAUAUGCCAACAGACCCUGACAACCAGGACAGAGAGAGAAAUGGCAUAGCUUUUUCUUCAGUUGUCUCUACUCCAUCCUUCAAGAUUAACCCAGAAAUGCUAUGUGAAGAAAAUUAUUUUUGCUCUACUGUCAGUUCUGUAAAUAAGCAUUCAGGUUCUUUACUGACCGAUGAGCUUAUAAAAAGAGAUUGUUUGGUAUCUCACGAUUCAGGAGUUUCACAGAACAUUAGAAGUAAAGCCCAGAUAUUGGCUCUUCUGAAAUCCAAAUCCACUGGUACAUCUAAAGAACCAAAUUCUGAGAUUACAGGACAUUGCCCUCCGAUACAGCCACAAGGAAAUUUAAAAAUUCCUGCUAAACUUGAGUGCUUAAUUGAACAGGAAGAGCACACUCAGGUGAAGAGCACAGAAAGUUUAUACUGCCAACAUCAAUCAAAAAAUACCAUGAGAAAUAAAAGCCGGUGGGCCAUGUAUUUAUCCUCACAGCGUUCACCUGCACAUUCUUCUGCAGUAGAUGGAAAUAAUACAGGAAAAAAUCCUGAGGCCGAGGGAGGUAAUAUAAAUUUAAAUUUGAAAGACGCUUUGGUGCAAAAAAGCAUGCGGUUUUUAGAAACAUGUACUGAAGAGGGAAAAAAGUAUAAUGAAGACAAGGCAGUAGUUGAUAAUGAUCAAUCCUGGAAUCAAAAGGUAAAAUUAGAAUUUCCUUCAUUCUGUGAAAGCAGUGCCUUACCAGUUACUUGUGACAACGUAGAAAACGACAGCUUAUUAUCAGAAAAUGACAGCUUAUUAUCAGAAAAUGACAUUCAAGAAAAUAAUAAAAGACUUUUUAAUCAAAAUGACCGGAUGGGCAUAAAAGGAUCAAUUCUCAUUACAGAAAAAGCUCAGGAGAUAACCAUGUAUGGAACCCCAGAUAAGGAGUAUAAACAUCUGCAGAUUGAAUCUUCACUAAGUAACGAUUUUAGGGUCUCUAAUGGCAUUGCUGACAUGUUUUCUAAAAGUAAUGCUGAUAAUGAAAAUCUGAACAGUAUUCAUGAACCACUUGUGGAGAUUACUUUUAAUCUGAACAAUUUUGAAACCAGUGACUCUGAGGAGGAAUCACAGGAAAGCAGCAGAAUUUCCCACGAUUCAGAGGGUUGGGUGAAGGAAACUUUAGUUAAAGACAAUUCAAGCUGUGAGAAUAUAAACUGUGCAGAAGUUGGCAGUGACCAUUUGCCUCUCUUAACGUCUAGUGGGGGCAGACUUGCAGAGACAUUUUCCAUGAAAGAGAUUCUGCCAUCACAAUUUUGUGAUAAAACUUCUGUAGGUUUUGACACAGGACCUUGGAAAGCUGGAAACACUAGAAAAGAAAUAGAGGAGGAGUACGGUGACACCUCAGACAAUCUUGACGCAUCUUUGGAGUGGACUGAAGAUGCAAAUGUAGGUAGUAAUGAAGGCACUAAUAAAUCUACCCAGGAAGUCACAGUUAACUAUGAUUUUGCUUCUCUCUCAAAUGAAAGUAUAAACACAAAUUUACAUAUCCCUCACUCUUUAAACACAGCCACUAAUCAGGAUCCUGAAAACAAUCCAUGGUCACAACAGGCUCAGCCUCAGCCUUUUAUUAUGGGAACUGACUUACACAAAAAUACUGAACAGGUUUUACCAUUAACUUCUAGCAGUGACAAUGGCACCCAACUAUUAAAUGCCAGUCAGAAUCACUCUGAAGAAUUUCUUGCACUUGAUAAAUCACAUACCCAAGUUUCCAAUUCUUCGUUUUACCCUCUGGGAGUAAAGUAUCCUAUAUCCAAAGACACAGAAUCACAUAUUCUGGAAUCUGAAGAUUUGGGAAGGACUAGAAGUUUACCUCCUGACAAUACUGACAUAGAAACUGCCAGAGAGAGCAAACAGUACUGGAAUACUCCAAAAAGUUCUUCAGAACUUUCUGGAUUAGAAAAUAGCAUUUCCCUAUUAAAAUCAUUGUCUGAACACAGUACUGCUUUAGAAGGCUUGGAAAUACUGAAAAAGAAACAUACCUCCUUUAAGCAACAAGGAACUCUGCAGACGUAUGAUCCAGAAAGCAGUCCUGAAGCUAGGAAACCAUUGACUACAGUAGUUUCACAAGCUAUACCAAAGUCUCAUCCGAACCAGGAUCCUCAACAGAUGAUAAAAGAAAAUGAAGUUAAACCAAGUGAAUCCCUCACCAAGUUUUUUUCCUUGGGCAGUGAAGAAGAGACUGACUCUCGAGCUCUCAUUCCUAAACAAAUGGAGAGAAAAACCUGUGACCCUAAGCCUGUUGAGUUUCAAGGGCACCAAGUGAAAGGAUCAGCUGCUAGUGCUGUGAUGGUCAGAGGACACAGCUCCCAGCUUGAAUGCAAUCAAUUUCCAGAUAGCGUGUAUGAAAACUGCAUGACAAAUACUUGUUUUUUGACACCUAAGUUGCCUAGCACUUGUAUGCAGAUUGACUUCUUGCAGUUGCCAGAUGAAGAAAACUUGAUAAAAGGAGAUUUCAGCUUUAACACUGAAGACAAUUUUCAAGUGAUAGCUGAGCCUAAUAAGAAUUCAGUUAAAAAUGAUCUAAUGAAAAAGUCUCUGGAGAAUAAGAACCUUCAAAGGCUUUCAUUAGAGAUAAGUGACUGUGAGCUGUGCUUCCCAAGUGGGGAGAAAGUAAAAUCUGCAUAUCUUCCCCAAAGGCAAAUUCACAUACCAGCUGUUUUUCAGUCUCCUGCUCAUUAUAAACAGAUUUUUACAUCUUGUCUCAUAGAACAUCUAAAUAUAUUGCUGUUUGGGUUGGCACAAAGGCUGCACAAAGCUCUUUCAAAAGUUGACAUAUCAUUUUACUCAUCAAACGGAGACAAACGGAAAAAUGUGGAAAAUAACGUGCCAUCAUGCCAUCAUCAUCACCCUGCAAAACUUGUCAUGGUUAAAAAGGAAGGUCCAAAUAAGGGUCGUCUCUUUUAUGCUUGUGAUGGACCCAAAGCUGACCAAUGUAAAUUUUUCAAGUGGCUUGAUGAAGUGACCCCAGGAUAUUUAACACAGGAAGAAUCACUACCUAGCAUGGUUUUAAGUGAUAUAAAAAGUAUUGGCUUGUACUUAAGAAGUCAAAAGAUACCCCUCUAUGAGGAAUGCCAACUUUUGGUGAGAAAAGGAUUUGAUUUUCAAAGAAAACGGUAUGGUAAACUAAAGAAGUUUACAACUGUAGAUCCUGAAUUUUAUAACGAACCUAAGAGCAGACUUUAUCUUAAGCUGAGUCGUAAGGAAAGUUCAUCUGCUUAUAGUAAAGAUGAUCUUUGGGUGGUUUCAAAAACCCUAGACUUUGAAUUGGAUACUUUUAUUGCAUGUAGUACAUUCUUUGGACCGUCAUCUGUCAAUGAGGUAGAGCUACUACCUUUGAAAGGUUAUUUCCCUUCCAACUGGCCCACUAACACAUUGGUCCAUGCAUUAUUGGUUUGUAAUGCUAGCACGGAGCUGACCACUUUGAAAAAUAUUCAGGACUACUUUAAUCCAGCUACUCUGCCUCUAACACAGAACCUGUUAACAAUGUCUUCAUCAACUACAGUGAGCAACAAGAGAGUCAAUAAGAGAAAAUUUAUCCCACCAGCCUUCUCAAAUAUCAAUACAAAAUUUGAACUGCUCAGUAUAGGAGCAACGCUGAAGUUAGCUGGUGAGUUAAUUCACGCACACAAGUUAAACAAGGAUCAAGCUACAGCCCUAAUUCAGAUAGCGCAAAUGAUGGCAUCACAAGGAAGUGCUGAAGAAGUGAAGGAACUGGGAACUCACACCCUCCCAAUCACGAUCAUACAUGGUGUUUUUGGAGCAGGAAAAAGUUAUUUGCUGGCAGUGGUGAUUUUGUUUUUUGUUCAGCUAUUUGAAAAGAGUGAAGCUCUUGCAGUUGGAAAUGGAAGACCUUGGAAACUUCUGAUUUCUUCUUCUACUAAUGUAGCUGUUGACAGAGUACUUCUUGGGCUUCUUAGUCUUGGGUUUGAAAAGUUUGUCAGAGUUGGGAGUGUCAGGAAGAUUGCCAAGCCAAUUUUACCUUACAGUUUGCAUGCUGGCUCAGAAAAUGAAAAUGAACAAUUAAAAGAACUACAUACACUCAUGAAGGAAGACCUGACUCCUGUGGAAAGAGUCUAUGUGAGAAAAAGUAUUGAGCAACAUAAACUGGGGACCAAUAAAACCCUGCUGAAGCAGGUUCGAGUAGUUGGAGUUACCUGUGCAGCCUGCCCGUUUCCAUGCAUGAAUGACCUUAAAUUUCCUGUGGUUGUACUGGAUGAGUGUAGCCAAAUAACCGAACCAGCUUCUCUCCUUCCCAUUGCAAGGUUUGAGUGUGAAAAGCUUAUUCUUGUUGGAGAUCCCAAACAGCUUCCUCCUACUAUUCAGGGUUCUGAUGCAGCUCAUGAAAAUGGACUGGAACAAACUCUUUUUGAUCGACUUUGCUUAAUGGGUCACAAGCCAGUUCUUUUGAGAACCCAGUACCGUUGCCACCCUACAAUCAGUGCUAUUGCUAAUGAUCUGUUUUAUGAAGGAAACCUCGUGAAUGGAGUUUCAGAAACAGAGAGGAGCCCUUUAUUGGAAUGGCUUCCAACCCUGUGUUUCUAUAAUGUUCAAGGGCUGGAACAGAUCGAAAGAGAUAACAGCUUUCAUAACGUAGCAGAAGCUGCUUUUACACUCAAGCUGAUUCAAUCACUGAUUGUGAGUGGAAUAGCAGGCUCUAUGAUUGGGGUGAUAACAUUAUACAAAUCCCAGAUGUACAAGCUUUGUCACUUACUCACUACACUGGACUUUGACCAUCCUGAUAAUGUGAAAGCUGUGCAGGUGUCCACAGUAGAUGCUUUUCAGGGCGCUGAAAAGGAGAUCAUCAUUCUGUCCUGUGUGAGGACAAGACAAGUAGGAUUUAUUGAUUCAGAACAAAGAAUGAAUGUUGCAUUGACCAGAGGAAGGAGACAUUUGUUGAUUGUGGGAAAUUUGGCCUGUUUGAGGAAAAAUCGACUAUGGGGGCGUGUGAUCCAACACUGUGAAGGCAGGGAAGAUGGAUUGCAACAUGCAAGCCAAUAUGAACCAUAGCUCAACCAUCUCCUUAAAGAUUAUUUUGAAAAACAAGCAGAAGAAAAACAAAAGAAAAAGAAUGAAAAAGAUAAAUCCAAAGAUAAAUCUCAUUUACAAAAAGAAACAGUAUAGUUUGUAUUUGUAUAAAUUCAAAUUAAUUUUAUGCUAUACAUUUUUAUUACCCCCAAACCCUUGCUACUGGAAAAAAAAAAAAAAGUUAAA